AUUUUAUAAAAAAUAUAAAUAUAAGUCCCUUGAAUUUCAUUCACCUCCGGCUCCGUCGCGGACACCGAAGAAACACCGCAAAAUUCCGUCCGAAGCCAAGAGCCCCACUCGCAAAAAGGGUAUUUAUUUUCUUUUCCCAUUCCAGUGCAAAACCUAAUAAAUCCUCUUCGAAUCCAAACCAAUCGUAACACAAAGAUUCUUCAAGUGCUACCAAUCUCUGCUGCGGCAACUUCAACCAUUUCCGAGAAUCAGGACAAUUUAUGCACCGUAGUUUGUCCUUUUGUUGGAGAACAUUGUCAAAACAUGGGUUCGCGGAAGGGUAAAGCUUCUGGUCGUGCAUCUUCAAUGAGUGUUGUGCCUUUGGCUGUUUCAAAUAAGGUGGAUGAGAUGGCACUGCCCCUCGAGGAUAUGAGUGCCGUUGAGACUGAUGUGGAUAUAGACCUCAGGGAACUAUACUUUUUAAUCAUGCACUUUUUGUCUGCUGGGCCAUUCCGGAGGACUUUUCUACAUUUCAAGGAGGAACUUUUGGAGCAUCAGCUUCUACCUAGACGAUAUCAUGCUUGGUUUUCAAGAAGUGGUGAGCCCAGUGGGGAUGAUGCUGAUGAAGAUGAUGAUGGCAUCUCUUUACCUUUAGAUUACAGAAAUUUAGUGGACAGGUAUCCUCACAUAACUAAGGAUCACUUGGUAAAGCUUCUGAAGCAAUUGAUGCUGAGUACGGUUCAUCCUUUGCAUGGAAAACAUGGAGGGAGUAGUCCUAAUGCAGCUGAUGUUCCUACAUUACUUGGAUAUGGUUCAUUUUCGCUUCUUGAUACUGAUAGAAAAGCAUCUGACAAGCUGGUAAAGCCCCCUCCACUUUACAUGCGUUGGCCACACAUGAAGGCUAAUCAGGUUCAGGGGCUAAGUUUAAGGGAGAUUGGAGGUGGUUUUACAAAACACCAUCGCGCUCCAUCCAUUCGCAGUGCAUGUUAUGCUAUUGCCAAACCAUCUACUAUGGUGCAAAAGAUGCAAAAUAUUAAAAAGCUAAGGGGGCACCGUGUGGCUGUCUAUUGUGCCAUAUUCGAUGGAUCAGGGCGAUAUGUUAUUAGUGGUUCCGAUGAUCGUCUUGUCAAGAUUUGGUCUAUGGAAACUGCAUUUUGCUUAGCUAGUUGCCGUGGACAUGAAGGUGAUAUUACUGACUUGGCUGUAAGCUCGAACAAUGCUUUGGUGGCAUCUGCUUCAAAUGAUUUUGUCAUUCGAGUUUGGCGCUUACCAGAUGGGAUGCCAAUAUCAGUUUUGCGGGGACAUACUGGAGCUGUUAAUACUAUUACGUUUAGUCCCACUGCUGUAUACCAGCUGCUGUCGUCAUCAGAUGAUGGAACUUGUAGAAUAUGGGAUGCCAGAAAUUCACACAAUCCAAGAAUAUAUGUACCUCGACCUCCAGAUGCUAUAAAUGGGAAGAGCAAUGCUCCACCAGCUAAUUUACCAUCCUCAAGUAAUGGUCAACAAAGCUAUCAAGUACUUUGUUGUGCAUAUAAUGCAAAUGGAACUGUUUUUGUCACUGGUAGCUCUGAUACUUUUGCCAGGGUGUGGAGUGCUUUGAAGCCCAACACUGAUGAUUCAGAACAACCAAUACAUGAGAUGGAUUUAUUAUCUGGUCAUGAGAAUGAUGUUAAUUAUGUACAGUUUAGUGGUUGCUCUGUGGCUUCAAAAAUUUUGACAUCUGACCCCUGGAAAGAAGAAAAUACACUUAAGUUCCGAAAUUUCUGGUAUUGUCAUGAUAACAUAGUUACCUGUUCUCGUGAUGGAAGUGCAAUUAUAUGGGUUCCCAGAUCACGUAGAUCUCAUGGAAAAGUAGGACGUUGGACUCGUGCAUAUCAUCUAAAAGUGCCACCACCACCAUUGCCUCCUCAACCUCCGCGAGGUGGUCCAAGGCAGAGGUUUCUACCUACACCUCGUGGUGUCAAUAUGAUUAUAUGGAGCCUGGACAAUCGUUUUGUACUUGCAGCUAUUAUGGAUUGCAGAAUAUGUGUUUGGAAUGCAGUUGAUGGCAGCUUAGUGCACUCUUUGACUGGUCAUACUGCAUCUUCUUAUGUUUUGGAUGUUCACCCUUUUAACCCUCGAAUAGCUAUGAGUGCUGGGUAUGAUGGACGAACCAUUGUGUGGGAUAUAUGGGAGGGCAUACCUAUUCGGACAUAUGAAAUUAGACGUUUUAAGUUGGUUGAUGGGAAGUUUUCUCCACAAACUGGUGCUAGAGGUAUUGUUAUCUCUGAAAAUUCCUCUUUAAUGGGGCCUAAUCUUGUAACAGAAGCACCUGAAGGUGAAGAUGACAGAAAAUUUAGUUCUCCACAGCUACUGCAUCCAUAUUCUGACAAGGGAAGUUAUGAUCACGUCCAUAAAAGGGGCAAAUCAUAUAAAGGGAAAGUCAAUCAAGAUGGUUUUGAUUGUGAUAUGGAAGAACAUACUUCAGUUUUCAGCAACCAACAUGAUUUAGGAAAUGGUUUGGCUGAUGUUAUAAGUGAUCCUAUUCGUCGAACACGAUCUAUAAGGAUGAAGACAACUUCUGAGGAGCCCAGCACUUCAAACAGAAGGAUUAAAAUUCGCGGGGUCCAAAGUUCCAGGGGCAAAUCUGAUCUGGAAGACACUUCUAUCAAAGUGUCUGAUCAACUCCAUCGAAGAACAAGGACUACCAGAAGCAGGCGUGGUGAAUAUUUUGCCAAUGACCCUGGUACUUUAACCCGAAGGAUGUCAAAUCACCAUGUCAAAAAAUUGUCAUGGCUGAUGCUCUCUGAGAUUGAAGGGGGUUACCGGUAUAUUCCUCAACUUGGUGAUGAAGUUGUGUACCUGAGACAGGGCCAUCAAGAAUACAUGGAGUCAUGUUCGUCAUCUGAAUCAGGUCCAUGGAGAUUAUUCACAGGACUAAGUGCUUGUGAAAUUUGCAAGGUUGAAGAGCUAGAGUAUGCGGAGCUCCCAGGCUCUGGGGAUAGCUGUUGUAAGCUUAAACUUAGAUUUGUGGACCCUUCUUCAAAUGUGUAUGGAAAAUCAUUUAAAUUAACUCUACCUGAAUUGAUUAACUUCCCUGAUUUUGUUGUUGAGAAAACAUGGUAUGAUACUGCCAUGAAGAGAAAUUGGUCUUCAAGAGAUAAAUGCAUGGUCUGGUGGAGAAAUGAAGAUGGGAAAGGUGGAAAUUGGUGGGAUGGUCGAAUUAUUUCAGUUCAGGCCAAAUCUCAUGACUUCCCUGACAGUCCCUGGGAAAGGUAUCUUAUCCAGUACAAGAUUGAUCCAUCAGAGAAUCAUAUGCAUAGUCCGUGGGAACUAUGUGAUCCCGAGAUUCUAUUGGAGCAUCCCCACAUUGAUCAUGAAAUCAGAGAUAAGCUGCUGUCCUAUUUCACUAAAUUAGACCACAGGGAGAAGUUUGAUAUCCAAGCACUGAACCACGUAGCUGAGAAAUUAGAGUUUUCAAACAGGUUUCCUGCACCAUUCUAUCCUGAAUUGAUUCAAUCAAGGUUGAGGAAUGACUACUAUCGAAGUGUGGAAGGUGUCAAGCAUGAUAUACUGGUAAUGUUAGCAAAUGCCGAAGACUUCUUUACAAUCACAAAAAAUGGUCAGCUGUUGAGCAACAUCAAGAGAAUAUCAGAAUGGUUUAGAAGGAAACUUGAAAGGAUAUAGAAAGCCCAAAUUGGGAUUUAUAGGUUUCUUCUAACAUUGUUUUUCAUUCUUUAAUCCAAUUUUGGAGAAUUAGUUGGUAUUUAAGUUGGUCUUAUAGAAUGGAGGCCAUAGGUGGUGGUAAAUAUCAGCUUUCACAUGUGUAUAUAUCUACUAACUCAUCCUUUUUAAUGCCAAGUAUCUUUAUGA